AUGAGCCACCUCUUCGGCCCCCGGCUGCCGGCUCUGGCGGCGUCGCCCAUGCUCUAUCUGUAUGGCCCCGAGAGACCCGGGCUGCCUCUGGCGUUCGCCCCCGCGGCCGCACUGGCCGCCACGGGCCGGGCAGAGCCCCCCCAGAAGCCGCCCUACAGCUACAUCGCGCUCAUAGCCAUGGCGAUCCAGGACGCGCCCGAGCAGAGGGUCACCCUCAACGGCAUCUACCAGUUCAUCAUGGACCGCUUCCCCUUCUACCACGACAACAGGCAGGGCUGGCAGAACAGCAUCCGCCACAACCUCUCGCUCAACGACUGCUUCGUCAAGGUGCCCCGCGAGAAGGGGCGACCGGGCAAGGGCAGCUACUGGACGCUGGACCCUCGCUGCCUGGACAUGUUCGAGAACGGCAACUACCGUCGCCGGAAGAGGAAGCCCAAGCCGGGCGGCGGGCCCCCGGAGACCAAGCGGUCCCGUGCGGAGACGCCAGAGCGCACCGCGGAAGCGCCACCCGAGGCGGGGAGCGGGGUAGGGCGGCCCAGACCCGCGACCCCCCGCCACGAGGGAGCGCCCUCGCGCCCCUGGCCCCUCCGGGAGGGCUCCUCGCCGGCGUCUCUCCUCUGCCCCGGCCUCGAGCCCCCAGAGGUGGAUGCGGGGGGCGGCGCUGUCCAGGUCGCUGCGGCGGUGGCGGUGGGCCAGCAGGCGCGCCCGGUGGAUGGCCCGGGGACCCCAGCGCGCCCCGCCUGCCGCAGCUCUCCGAGGAGCUCCGACAAGUCCAAGAGCUUCAGCAUAGAUAGCAUCCUGGCGGGACGGCAGGGCCAGAAGCCGGCUGCAGGGGCCGAGCUCCUGGGAGGUGCCAAGCAGGAUCCCGGCGGCUGUUUGGGGACCUCGCUUCUGGCCGCCUCUGCGAGCCUCUGUCCGCCUUUCAACGCCUCCCUAAUGCUGGACCCGCACGUCCAGGGCGGCUUUUACCAGCUCGGGAUCCCUUUCCUCUCUUACUUCCCUCUGCAGCUCCCCGACACCCUGCUGCACUUCCAGUGAAGCGCACAUCGGAGCCGUUCUUCCCGCGUCUGCCCUGGUCUGAGCUUCUCAGGAGUCACCAGGGCUCCCACUGCUGGGGGAAGGAGUCUUAAAAAACAACAAAAAAUAUCUUUU